GGAAAACAAAGGUGGUUUCAAAUAGUUAGGUUCGCAUGUGUGUAAAAUGGCGGACGAAUACCACGGAAAAACUUGUGCAAGCCCAAACUGUAACAAAAUUGCCAAUCUGCAAUGCCCUACAUGUUUAAAACUUGGUUUAAGUGGAAGCUUUUUUUGUGAACAAGCAUGCUUCAAAAAUGCAUGGAAGGAACAUAAAAAAGUUCAUUUAAAAACAGAGCUGAAAGUUAAUGAUACUGGUGAAGCAUUGUCUGGUACACAACUUUCAAAUUUAUUACUUGAUACAAUUCAAAAUCCAUGGCCUGAUUUUCAAUAUACAGGAAAACUUCGACCUUUCUAUCCUUUAAGCAAAAAAAGACAUGUUCCAGCACAUAUUCAAAGACCAGAUUAUGCUGAUCAAAAAGAAGGUCUACCUUUAAGUGAAAUUACUUCAAAACGAUCAACACAAAUAGUUCAAUUAUCACCAAAAGAAAUUGAGGGAAUGAGAGUCGUCUGCAAGCUGGCACGCGAAGUUUUGGACAUUGUAGCAAAAGCUGUUCGUCCUGGGAUUACUACAGAUGAGCUGGACAGAAUAUGCCAUGAGGCAACUAUAGAAAGAAAUUGUUACCCCUCUCCUUUGAAUUACUAUCAAUUUCCUAAAAGUUGCUGCACUUCUGUAAAUGAAGUAGUCUGUCACGGAAUCCCUGACCAACGUAAAUUAGAGGAGGGAGAUAUUGUUAACUUGGAUGUUACUUGUUAUUACAAUGGCUUCCAUGGAGAUCUCAAUGAAACUUUGUUUGUGGGAAAUGUUGAUGAAAGUUCAAAACAUUUAGUGAAAACAGCUUAUGAGAGUUUGAUAGCUGCUGCAAAUAAUAUAAAACCUGGAGCAAGAUACAGAGAUAUGGGUCAACAUAUACAAAACGUUGCUCAUGCUAAUGGGUGUGCUGUCACACGAACCUACUGUGGCCAUGGAAUUCACCAGUUAUUCCACACUGCACCUAAUGUACCACAUUAUGCAAAAAAUAAAGCUGUUGGUAUUAUGAAACCGGGUCACGUGUUUACAAUUGAACCUAUGAUAAAUCAAGGUACUUGGCGAGAUUUGCUGUGGCCUGACAACUGGACCGCAGUUACCCAGGAUGGCCGAAGGUCAGCUCAAUUCGAACAAACGUAUCUUGUAACUGAAACAGGGUUUGAAAUUCUCACUGCUCGUAAAAAUAAUAGACCAUACUUUUUAGAUCAACUUGAUGAAAUACCGAUUUGAAUAAACAUUUUCUAUUGGUUUUAUUUUACAAAAAAUUGUCGAGGUUUUUC